UUUCUCAUAUCUUGUAAACGUCCUCUAGUGUUGUUGAAUAGUUCAUACCUACCUUUGUUAGUCGUGCAUUAUCCUUUCCAGUCAUUGUUACUCAUUCUCUCAACUACUAAUCCAGUCUGUAGUGGCCACAACGCUCUCCCAGUGAAUAACAAGUUUAGCAUAACGCUCUCUCAGUGAGUAAAAGGUCCAGCAUAACGCUUUCCCAGUGAAUACCAAGUUCAGCAUAUCGCUCUCCUUCUCUCAGCGACCUACGUAUUCCAGUCAGUCCACUCAGCCAACGUUUGAAAAAGAUUUCACGGAACAGACAAUUCACUCAACAUGUCCAGUCAAGUUGUGUUCGACACGUUUGCUCAGGAGGUGCAGCGAAGAGAUGCCACACUGGAAAGUCUUCAGGCUGCUGUGCCUCCUGAGCAGUCGCAAUUGUCCUCCACAUCACGUAAAGUGACAUGGAAUCCACCAUCAUCAUCAUGCUGCUACUCAAUGGGAACAAUGCUCCUUUUUGUGAUCUGCUUGGAGGGUUAUCAUCUUCGUGAUGACAUCCUGUCCACUAUUGUACACUACAUAUUUAGUGUACAUAGUGUAGAGGUGGAUGAGCAAGACGAAACUUACAAAAACUGGACACUACUGCACUACUGUGCAAUCCUUGGAAGAGAUCGACUAGCAAAUAUACUCAUCGCACGAGGAGCUGAUGUCAAUGUGCAGGACAGCUUGCGACGGACUCCACUACACUGGGCAGUCAUCAAUGACAGGAUCAACGUUGUCAAGGUGAUGCUGUCACAUGACAGUGACGGUGUCACGUUGGAUACCACACUGCGUGACAGGGAAGGGAAAACAGCGUUGGACGUAGCCAGGGAAAGGAAGCAUGAGGGAUGUGUGCAGUUGCUGCUGGAGCACGAGAGUGUGAAGAACGAAAUGAAGAAAGAGGAACUUCGAACUGCUGCUGUGGCUGAGGACAUCAUUGGUGGCAAGGACGAGGCCAUGGUGGUACGCGUGCGUAUGUAUCUUGUCGGCAAGUACGCCACAGGAAAGUCCAGCUUUGUCCGUGCACUGCUCGGUGAAGAGUUCAUUGAAAACGCGGACAGCACCGACUCCAUUUCCAUCCAUCGAUCCAGACUCAGAAUGCAUCUCUCCUCUCAACUCGCCACAGGCACACAAGAAGCCGCACAAGUUCUUGUGGACAACAGUCAACAUAGUUUCUUUGUCAAUCUACUCACAGCUCGUAUCCGAUCAUCUCUAGAUCUGGUCAAGAAAAUCAAGGAGGCUCCAGAGCUACCCAUCGCUGCACAACCAUCAGCAUGGUCCAAGCUCAAGAAAUUCACCAGGUCACUACUUCCACCAACAAAGAGUAUUCCUUUGGCUACUUUUCCGCCUACUGGUGGAGCAGCAGCUACAUCCGCUGUCCACAAUGAGUUUGCCAAUGUUCCUCAUGCUAAUGACCUGACCAAAGUGGCACCAGAUGUUAUCUCUCAAGUUCGCUCGUCUGUCAGCAAUGUCGAUAACAGUUCAAAUGAAGCGGAAGCAGCAUAUGCGUUUGUUGAGCUGUGGGACAUGGGUGGACAGAUGCCGAUGUUGGUACAACAAAGCAUCUCGUUUUCCGUUUGUGACAGCGUGUACAUUGUGACUCUUGACAUGAGGUGUGACCUGGAUGAGGAGGUAACGGAAGACGUCUACCGCUUCGAUGGUCAGGAGAUUGUAACUUCCACACCGUUGCCAGGAAUGACGCAGGCUGACUACCUUGACAUGUGUCUGUCACUGAUUGCUUUGCAGCAUAGAGCAGACACACACCCUGACCAGCAUCACCACCGGCAGCAGCAGCAACAGCAGCAACAGCAGCAGCAGCAGCCGCAACAGCCGCAGCACCAACAGCAGCAGCACCAACAUCAGCAGCAUCAGCAUCAGUCAGACACAGAGACGGGUAAGACCAGUAGCAGCAAUAGCAGCCACCAUCAUGAUGAGAGUAGCACAGCCAUCAUGGUUGUUGUUACACAUGUGGAUCUUGUCGAUGACGACCAAAUAGAGAAGAAGAAGGACAUGUUCUUCAAUGCCGUGACCAAGCUGGCUGAAAAGGCCGGACCCAAUGUCAAGGUCUGUGGACCCUUCUUUGUUGACAAUCACCGUCUUCAAGAUCGCGUAUCUCGCCACAGCCAGCUUGCUGAAGCACAGCAAGAGCUCUCUAAAAUUGUGUCUGCCUUUCCUGUCCAAGGAAUUCCCUUGAUGCAGGUGAAGAUAGAAGAAGCUAUUUCUCUUCACCAAAAGGAAAUGCUGCGCUAUGCAGAGGCUGGGUGCAGUGAUGAUGCAAUGCAAGCUACCAGUAGUGAUCAGCAGCAGCAGCGGCAGCAGCAGAGUUUUGUUAGUAUGGACUACCCACAGUUUGUAGACUUUUGUCGGCAUGUUAGCGGCAAAGAUCUCACCACUGCACAAGUGUCUGAUCUACUGCACCACCUUCAGCAACACGGCACAGUGUUUUGCUGUGACUGCCCGCAUCCACUCACUUCAAGUGUCAUUUUCCUGGAACCCCAGCAGCUAUUACUCAACUUUGUACGCUUGAUGACCUUCCCUCUUAAGGAGACAGCUUUUCCAAGCACAUCAGCAACAUUAGUCAGAGAAGUGCAACACUUUCGACGUACGGGAAUUGCCAGCGCGAGGUUGAUAGAGAAAGUUUGGUAUCCUCUCAGCCGUGUUGUCCAGCUAGCUCUCUGUAAAUCAAUGUGUUACUUCAACUUGGCAGCAGAACUUAAGCCCGCCAGCAGUGCAGCCACCAGCAGUACAGCCACCAGCAGUACAGCCACCAGCAGUACAGCCACCAGCAGAACAGCCACCAGCAGUACAGCCACCAGCAGUACAGCCACUAGCAGUACAGCCACCAGCAGUACAGCCACCAGCAGUACAGCCACCAGCACCGGAGGGUGUGGCAGUAGAGACGGCGGCAGCAGCAACAGCAGCAGCAUCAGCAGACAAGACAGAUGUCCGGUUGUCACGUCAGGCCUACCCGACCUCUUCAUCCCGUUCUGUUGCAACCAGGAAGCAUUACGGUUGGUUUUGGAGGAUGAUGUUCCCUUUAAGCUACCGUUUAACCACCUCAGUUUCCCUGGGAUGCUGUUUCCUCCACCACUGUUCGGUCGCUUAGUCACCUACAUAAUUCAUCGUAUGAAGAAAGAGUCAGCCAGUCUUCAGUUCACAUCCAGUGCGGCAUCACUGAAUUUGGAGCUUGGUUGUAGUCAAGUAUGCCUCUGCUGGACACCGACAGGUGUUCGCUUAGAAUGCGCUGCUGAUACACCAUCCAUACUUGCUGAUGUGGCUUGGGAUAUGAAGAGUGCAAUUGUUGACUUCACACAAGUUCUCAGCACCCAAGGAUACCAGCAGUUCACAGUUGUUGGUGAGUCAUUCGCCUGCACUUCCAACUCAUGCCAGGAUCGCCUGAAGGAAUGCAGCAGUCCUGCAGAGGUGCUGGUACACUCGUCGUGGGUGUUGCUGACCAGCUUGCACAAGAAGCAUUUCUUGACGGCAUAUGAGUCGGAUAUGAACACCGCUCUGACCUUCAAGGCAAUGUGUGCUACCUGCAAGGAGAGGGUCAUUGUCCCGAGGUCCUUCUGGCCCUGGCUGUGUAAGGAUGUGCCAUUUGUCCAAGCUGAGCAGCCACUAGCAGCAGCAGCAGCAGCAGUGCGACCAGCAGCAGUGCCACUAGCAGCAGCAGUGCCACCACCAGCACCAAUGCCACCACCAGCACCAAUGCCACCACCAGCAGCAGUGCCACUAGCAGCAGCAGUGCCACUAGCAGCAGCAGUGCCACCAGCAUCAGUGCCACCAACAGCAGCAGCAGUGCCAUCAGCAGCAGCAGCAGUGCCACCAGCAGCAGCAGUUCCACCACCAGGAGCAGUGUCCCCAGCACCAGUGUCACCAGCAGCAGCAGUGGCACCAGCAGCAGCAGUGGCACCAGCAGCAGCAGUUCCACCAGCAGCAGCAGUGCCACUAGCACCAGUGCCACCAGCAGCAGCAGCAGCAGCAGUGCCACCAGCAGCAGCAGUUCCACCAGCAGCAGCAGCAGCAGCAGUGCCACCAGCAGCAGCACCACUAGCAGCAGCAGUGCUACCAGCAGCAUUGCCACUAGCAGCAGUGCCACUAGCAGCAGCAGUGCCACCACCAGCAGCAGCAUUGCCACCACCAGCAGCAGUGCCACCAACAGCAGCAGUGCCACCACCAGCAGCAGCAGCAGUGGCACCAGCAGCAGCAGUUCCACCACCAGCAGCAGUGCCACUAGCACCAGUGCCACCAGCAGCAGCAGCAGCAGCAGCAGUGCCACCAGCAGCAGCAGUUCCACCACCAGCAGCAGCAGUUCCACCACCAGCAGCAGCAGCAGCAGUGCCACCAGCAGCAGCACCACUAGCAGCAGCAGUGCUACCAGCAGCAUUGCCACUAGCAGCAGUGCCACUAGCAGCAGCAGUGCCACCACCAGCAGCAGCAGUGCCACCACCAGCAGCAGCAGUGCCACCAACAGCAGCAGUGCCACCAACAGCAGCAGUGCCACCACCAGCAGCAGCAGCAGUUCCACCACCACCAGCAGUUCCACCACCAGCAGCAGUGCAACCAGCAGCAGCUGUGCCCCCAGCAGCAGCAGUGCCACCACCAGCAGCACUGCCACCAGCAGCAGCAGCAGUGCCACCAGCAGCAGCAGCAGUGCCACCAGCAGCAGCAGUGCCACCAGCAACAGUCCCACCAGCAGCAGCAGUGCCACCAGCCGGACAAUCAGCAGCAGCAGCUGCAUUACCUCUGCCAGCACCAUCAUCAUCAUCACCAGCAACAGCGGCAGCAGCGGCAGCAGCAGCGGCAGCAGCAGCAUUAGUACCCGCAGAGGCAGUUGCAUCACAACCUUCAACAUCACCACUGAAAGUUUUGUCAGAAAUUUCUGACUUUCGAAACUUCAGCCGAAGCAUUGAAGGUUGCGUCAGCCGCCUUAAGCGUGAGGACUUUGCCCAAGCCGUUGCAAUACUGAUUGACCCAGAAUACAGCAACGAUUUCAAAGACGACAUGCAAGACUUUAUCGUGAGAAACGACCAUGGCACCACUAACAUACCGGAUAAUAUGCAUGGUGUUAUCAGGUGGGCCGUGGACAAAGCUGGAACGCGUGAAGUCACCCUGGCCGAGUUAAAGAAGAUAGCGCUAGACCUGAAUCCCGACAAGAAGAAAAAGAUUGAGAAAACAUUCCAUGUUGAAACAUGGUGAGGCGUCAUCUUGAAGCUGGCCUGCUCUUCUGCCCAGUGGUGGCCUCUAUUCGUUCCUGGCUUAGCUGUCAACUGUCUACAUUAUACUGGUAGUGAGUCGCUCGACAGCAGAACACCUCAAGCAUCUGAAGACCAUCUUCCAGCACUUGGCAUAGUAUGGUCUGGUGGUCAUUGUCAGCAAGUGUGUCUUCAUGCAGCCCUCCGUGACAUUCCUGGGUCACAAUGUCAAAGCCACUGCUGGCGGCGGCAUUGAGACACUGGCAGAGGAAGUCAAGGCUUUGGUGGACUACCCUGCUCCAGACACUCACUCUGCUCUCUACCUCGCUUUCUGGGCUUGGUAAAUAUCUACCGACACUUCAUCACGGAUUUGUUAAGCAAGCCCUCAAUCUCCCACGAACCUCUCUGUCGCGAACGUCGCAAUGAAAAACAUGAAAAUAAAUUCUGAAUAAUUAAUUUGUAUUUUGCAUUACAUGACGAUGAUUAACAUUAGUGUUUUCGUAUAUACCAUGACAAUGAUUGUACUCUCUUACUCUCUUACAUUGUGGCUGAUUCCACGCUUGGGUUAGCAGAAUUCUGGCUCCCUAUCUUCAUUUCUAAGGAUUGACUCCAUUCCACUUCAAAGUAGCUUCGAAGGUAGUCUUCGUUUCUCUAGUCUUUGCAUUUCGUUCUGAAACAAAUUUUUCGUUAUGUUUUCAUAUCGUGAGUAGUCUCGCGCUCUUGAUUUGUUUUGCUCACACAUGACUUUCCUUUCUGUUCUUUUUGUUAUGCCCAUGAUGACGUAUUGGUAUGACGUGUAUAUGUGUAUGUAACCACUUGACUACAUGACUAUGAGGUCAAAACUACAGAGUCUGCAGACUGUAGCCUAGUGCAGGCUAGUGCACUUUAGCAAUUCGCUCUCCUUGCUGUUACUUCUUCUCCGUUUCAAUUUUGUCGUUGCACUAGUUCCUUUUCCACCAUUCCACUUAAAUGAAAGUCGUGGUCGCCAUUUCAAUGCAUGAUCUUUGUGCGCAGCUGCCUGUGGACGCAGCUGUCCUUUUUCCGUUAAAUUUGAAUCUUGAGUGAGAAAGUAACUUUCCUAAUGAUGAAA